AUAAUGAAUUCAUUUAUAGAAACCAGAAUGGCACAGUGAUUCUGAGGAAUGUUGAAACUCACAAUUCAACAAUAUUAAUAGAAAACAAAAAAAUUGUCUCCUUAAAGGCUAUUCGAUAUGAAGUGUCACCUGACCGGGAAUAUGCACUUUUUGCUUUUGAUGUUGAACCAGUGUAUCAGCAUUCAUAUACGGCAUACUAUGUCCUCAGCAAAAUACCUCAUGGGGAUCCCCAGAAUUUGGAUCCCCCUGAGGUCAGCAAUGCAAAGCUUCAGUAUGCUGGUUGGGGUCCAAAAGGGCAACAGCUGGUAAGAGAAAGAAUAAGUGUGCAAAUGAAUUUAGAGACCAUGCUGCUAUUGUUUGGAAGUAAAGAAAGGAUAAUUCUUUAUUGACUAGUUUCUUGAAACCUGUGUGGUAGCUUCUAGCAUCUUUAUUGGGAUUGUUUUAUCAUGUACUUUAUCUAGAAAGUUCCCAAAUACAUAAAUUUACUGCAAAGUAAUUGCGUCUAAAAAUGCAGAGAAAGUACACUUUAUGAAAGCUCUUUCAGAG